AUGAAUACAGAUGACUCUCAAAGAAUCAGGAGUGAAAGGUGCCCCUACACCGGGUACAAAAGGGUUGAUGAAUUCCCCAUCAUGCAUGAAAGUCCUACACUGAGAGAGAGCGCUCAACACGUUACAGGAACAGCUUACAGAAGCAGGAGACAGCCCAAAGUCUUGUCUAAUUCAGCAUGCUGAUCAAACACCUCCUCCAGGAUUUUCAGUUUUGAAGGGUGCAACAAGGCAUUUUCUAGGCUUGAGAACCUUAAGAUUCACCUCCGGAGUCAUACUGGGGAGAAGCCAUACCUGUGUCAGCAUCCUGGCUGCCAGAAAGCUUUCAGCAACUCCAGCGACCGGGCAAAGCAUCAGCGAACACACCUGGAUACCAAACCCUAUGCCUGUCAGAUUCCUGGCUGCUCCAAACGCUACACCGACCCUAGCUCUCUGCGCAAACAUGUGAAAGCUCAUUCAGCCAAAGAACAACAGGUGCAUAAGAAGCUAAAUUCAUGUACUGAUAUCGAACAAGAUGUACUAAGUGAAUGCUUAGCUAUACAACAACUCCACACAUCUUCACAACACAUUUUGGAUGGGAAAUGUGGUAGAUCUGUAGGUCAUCAUGAUUUAAUUACAGGCAUGUACAGUGGUUCCGGCGCUAACCAUAACGGUCCCUCACCAGGUAUAUUGCCGCCUCCUCAUGACAUCCCUUCAAGACACCAUCCACUUGACUCUACCCUUUCCAGUCCACAUCACCAUCAGUCGCCGUUGGAGAGUGCCAGGGAAGGGCUUGCUCCCAACAUAAUCUCUCCACUCGUCAGCCCCCUGAAAGCAUUAGUUCCACCUUCCCUAUUGCAGAAACACGGCUCUCCAUCAUCACACAGCCAGUCACCAAACGGGCAGCAAUUUUCUGGAAUAUCAAAUAAACCAUACGCUCAAUUUCAAAACCAGUCUGUACAGCAGGGAUCUCAAGGUUACCAAGGCAGCUUUCACUCAAUACAAAACUGUUUCCACUACGGAGACUGCUACAGAACAAUGGACCAGUCUGUCACCAGUGAUGUGCUAACAGGGGAAUCCCAUUGCUUUAAUCCUCUGAGACAGAAUGGCUAUCACAUACUCAAUGCACCUUUAGCUUCAACAGGCUAUGAUGCAAUCUCUGAAGCACAGUGUGUAUCUGAAGACAUGGUCUCCAAUGGAACUGAUGAAAAUGGAUUCUUCCAAAACGGCGCCUUUGAUCACUGCUUGAACCACAUUCCUUCCAUCUAUACAGAUACCCAAGAGCAGUGCUGACCUUCUUUCCUUUAUUAUACCUAUAACUGUGUAUGUAAUAACAAAGGUGUUGUUCAAGUACUUUUAUUUAGUCUGUAUCCCUUUAUGUGUGCUCAUUUAAAUAAACACCUCACAUUUACCAAACCAUUUUAUACAUUAAUAGUCUGUGUAAGAUAAUAUUGGAACCUGUUCCUUUGCUGUGGCACUUUGAAAUUCAUGCU